UCUCCUUUUUUUUUCUUAAAAUACAGAUCCUGGCCCUGUCAAUGCCUUUCCCGUUAGAGAGUAACCGUAGAAUUGGAUUGUGGUCUAACAGUCAGCCCAAUGGCAACCUCAAAUUCCAGCAGCAUCAUGUCCUCCACAUUCUACCUCACAGGCAUCCCUGGCUAUGAGGAAUUUCACCACUGGAUUUCCAUCCCUUUCUGCCUUCUCUACAUUGUUGGAAUAACAGGCAACUGUUCCAUCUUGCAUAUUGUGAGGACAGACCCGAGGCUCCAUGAGCCUAUGUACUAUUUCCUGGCUAUGCUUUCACUCACUGACAUGGCCAUGUCCCUGCCUGCCAUGGUAUCACUUUUUAGGGUGUUGUGGUCCAUUUCCCGAGAGAUCCAGUUCAAUAUUUGUGUGGUCCAAAUGUUUCUGAUUCAUACCUUUUCCUUCACUGAAUCAUCUGUACUCCUGGCCAUGGCCCUUGACCGGUAUGUGGCCAUCUGCCACCCCCUGAGAUAUGCUACCAUUCUCACCCCAAAACUUAUUGCCAAGAUUGGAAUUGCAGCCUUGCUUCGGAGUGCUAUUCCACUCAUCCCUCUCCUGGUUCGUCUAGCAUUCUUUCCCUUCUGCCGCUCCCAUGUCCUUUCUCAUUCUUAUUGUCUGCACCAGGACAUAAUCCGCCUUGCCUGUGCUGAUGUUAGGUUUAAUGUUAUAUAUGGAAUGGUUGUGAUUACUAUGCUGUGGGGCAUGGAUUCUUUGGGUAUUCUAAUAACUUAUGUUUUUAUCCUUCACUCAGUGUUAAGAAUUGCAUCCCGUGAGGGUAGGCUUAAGGCACUCAACACAUGUGCAUCCCACAUCUGUGCUGUGCUCAUUCUAUAUGUGCCUAUGAUAGGGGUGUCUAUUGUCCAUCGUUUUGCCAAGCAUUCCUCACCCUUUCUCCACAUCUUCAUGGCCCAUAUUUACUUGAUGGUGCCACCAGUGCUCAACCCAAUCAUCUAUAGUGUGAAGACCAAGCAGAUCCGACAAGGAAUCUUACAUUUCAUCUGUCCCCACAAAAUUAAUUCUUCUGCAAUGUAAUCAGGUCAG